AUGUACAUAAAAGCGUUAUUAAGUGUAUCUACUCGCAAAAAAUGAUAAGAUAGUUUCUAAAGUAUAUCUAUCAAAAUAAGAAGUCAAUACUUUACGAUAAAACUGGACAGAGCUGCUUAUUUCAAAAGAAACAAUGUCAUCGAAAAGAGCAGCGACGUCAGAAUUAAACCAUGAAAAUUGGGAUCAGGAUGAUCCUUCUGAACAUGAAGAAAUGGGUACAUUCAAGGCGGCAUCAAAAGAUAUUUUAGAAAAACGUAUUAUCAGGACUGCUAAAAGGCGUUCUCAGAUUUCAAGUGAAGAUGGUAACAAAGGCGUCUUUAAGGCUUUCGGAGGAUUUAACAAGGCACCAACAUCAUCAUUUGAUUUUUUGGCUAACUUGACUAAUGGCAACAAAAAUAAUGUUUCACCAAACAAAAGUGAAACAACUGUAACUUCAAGUUUAUUUUCGAAUAAUCCACUAUCCAGCAGCCCUAGUGGCCCAAUUUUCGGCACAGUAACCUCAACAGCAUCUGGUACAACAUUUGGAAUUCCAACUCAAUCUUCCUCAAUAUUUGGAGUAUCAUCUACCAAUACACAAACUACCACAUCAAUAUUCACUGCCACAAAAGCAGACUCUACUGUCGGAGACUCGCCUUUUAAAAGUCAACCUAUUUCAAGCACUACUGAAGUCAGUAAACUAGACGCAUGUAAAACUACAAAUGUUACAUCAAAUGCAAUUCCGUCCCCAGUGACUUCUACAUUAUUUGGAGUAUCUACAACAAAUGCCAGUGCUAGCAAGUCAUUAUUCUCAAUGACAACUUCAACACCAUUUAAAAUUCAACCAGUCUCUAGCUCCACAAUGGCACUCAACAGCUUUGGAACAACUUCAACAACCAUUCCUAAACCCAGUGUAACUGAUAAUAACACAAGUAAUGUAAAUGAUGAUAAAAAACUUAAAUACUAUGCCAAGUUAAAGGGAUUGAAUGAGUCAGUAUCUGAUUGGAUAAAAAAACAUGUUGAGGAAACCCCUCUGUGUAUAUUAACACCAAUAUUUAAAGAUUAUGAAAAAUAUUUGAAAGAAAUGCAAGAAGAAUAUCAAGGAGGAGCAAAAGAACCCGAAAAGAAUAAUAUUAACAAUUGCUUAGAUGCUGAUAAAAAAGAAUCAACUAAAUGUUCCUCUGCCUUUUCUAAUAGUAUAAUUAUGACAUCAUCAAAACCAGAAGUACUUAAUCCCAAAGCUUCAGAACUUGUUAAUCAAAAUAGUCUACCCACCCUUGGAGACAAACCAAAUUUUUCUUUUGGUAUAACCAAUAAUACUUCAAAUAUUGCUACCACAGUAGGGUUUUCAUUUGGUAUCAGUACCUCACCACCAACAACCACAACCACUAGUUUGUUUUCAGGCAUAUCAAGUGUAAAUUCUAAUGGUGGCACACAAUUUUCUUUUGGAAUAGGUAAGCCAUUUAGUUUCAAUUCUAACAUUCAAAAACCUGUUACUGAAAAAACAGAUAAUGUCAAUGAAGAAACAAAUGAAGAUGAACCACCAAAAGUGGAGUAUAAACCUAUUGUAGAAGAAAAUAGUGUAUAUGAUAAAAAAUGUAAAAUAUUUGUUAAAAAAGAUGGAAACUUUGUUGACAAAGGUGUUGGUACACUUUACAUUAAAAAAAUUGAAGAGACAGGUAAAUAUCAGUUGCUUGUUCGUGCUAAUACAAACUUGGGCAAUGUCCUUGUCAACUUAAUUUUAGCUUCGGCCAUCCCAACACAACGUAUGGGAAAAAAUAAUGUAAUGAUGAUUUGUAUACCUACCCCAGAUGCAAAACCUCCCCCAACAUCUAUACUCAUCAGAGUCAAAACUGCAGAUGAAGCAGACGAAUUACUAAAAACACUGAAUGAACAUAAGUCAUAAAAUAAUACUGAUUUUUUUGUAGAUACAUACUGUAAUAUGAAAAAUCAUAAAAAGACAAUCUGAUUCUAUUUAAGUGAUAAUUUUAUUUAUCCUUA